AUGGGAAAAGAAAAAUUCAUAUUUUCGAGGUUUUAUUUCUUUUCUUCGUUUCCGUCUCAUUUUCUCUUCUUUUUCUUAACCAUUUUUCUUUAUCGACAUUUUUUGUCUUCUCUUGUUUGUUUGUAUCUCUCUCUCUCUCUCUCUCUCUCUUUUCCCUUUCGUAUUUUUCUUUUCAUUUCCUUCUUCUUCUUCGUCUUCCUUUUAACCUUUAAUGUUCCGUUUUCGUCUUUUUCUUUCUCCCACCUUUGUUCUUUCUCUUUCUCGCAUUUUUCAUUCGUUUUGUCAAUUUAUAUCCUACUUAUUUUUUCUUCGCUUUCUGCUUCGCACUCUUCAUUGAUUCUUCUACUUCGUUUUGUUUUUAUUCUCGGGCUUAAUUGUUCGCCUUCCUCUUCUUUUUUCCUAUCUUUCUUUAUUUCUUCUCUCAUAUAUCCUAACCGUUCUUUGUUUUCAAUCAUAUAUUUUCUUUCUUUCUUUCUUUCUUUCUUUCUUUCUUUCUUUCUUUCUCUCUCUCUCUGUUUCUUUCUUUCUUUCUGUCUUUCUUUAUUUCAUUUAAUAUUAUCUGUUCUUUUUCUUUCUUUUAACGAUUUUCUGCUUGUCUCCUUUUCGAUUUAA